GUUAUAUAAAAAAACGUUAAUAAAUCCGAAGUAGCUAGCUUCAAUUUUCUCGCCUUCUUUUCCCCACUUCGUCGGAACCUUCCGGAAUCCACCCGCAUCCUCCCUUAAUUUCACGCAGCGCCACAAUUGGGAAGCAAACCCCAUUAAAAUAUUCACGCAGAAAUACACCAUCCUUUCAAUUUCUCCCGCUGUAGAUUUCGAUACACCGUCCAAUUUCCCUGGGAAGCUGUGCCCAAAGAUCCCAUUUUUUUGGUGAUCAAAUUUGUUUGUUGAGGUAAGAGACAGCAGGUGAAAAGAUUGAUAUGGAGGGCGGUGGUGCAGCUGCAGUUUCGACGGAGAACCAGACAGAUUCGGCGGCGGCGGCGGCGGCUACGUCGUAUACGUAUUGGGUUCGAGGAAAGACCGAAGACGCUGCACCAUUGCCCGUUCCACGCAAGCUCACCUCUGAAGAUCUCUGUAAUCAAGCUCCCAGUCAUCUGGGUUCAGCUUGGAAUAGGGCUGGAACAUGGGAAGAGAAGAACCUAAACAAAUGGGCAAGUGACAGGAUAAAGGAACUUCUUCCAACUAUUCAGUCUCUUGAGUUUUCUGGUGGCAAAGCAGAGAUAUCAGAAGUAACAAGAUGCACUGGAGAUGCAUUCUUAGUUACUGUACGCAAUAAGAAACGUGUUGGCUACACAUACGAGUUAACAUUGCGAGCAAAAGGAGAAUGGCUCAUUGGGUCUGAGAAGAAGAUAAUUAAGGGUAGCAUCGACAUUGAAGAAUUUUCAUUUGGUGAAUUGGAUGAGUUGAAGAUUCAAGUAAGACUUACUGAAGAGAAGGAUCUUCCACUUCAAGAUAAGCAGCGGAUUAUCAAUGAUUUAAAACAAUUUUUGCGGCCUCUUCGAGAAAAGCUGAGCCAGUUUGAGCAGGAACUGAAAGAUAGGUAGGAUGGUGCGAACUUGGGGGGACCCUCUUUGUAGGUUCCAUUACACUUUCUUAAAUCUCCUGUUAUUGUUUCUGAUAGGGAUCAUAAAAACUUCUAUUAGUGAUGGGUAAAAGAUGAUGUGUUGCAAGUUCCCCAUGUAGCAAGGGGGAUACAAAUGUUAUCUUAUGUACUUCACAUUUAUGCUACAGUUUGAGACAAAUGUGCUCGCUCCUUGUGCAUCUUUCAACUAUGAAUGCUACAGCCGCUUUUCUUCUUUAUUUUUCUGUGAAUGUUGCGCCUUAUCUGUGAGACAUACGGACAAGUGAUACUUCUACUAGAGCAUCUGAUGUCUAGUCUCUCUCAUAUUAGAGGGGCCAGGCUACAGAUAAUUCUGUUAAUUUUAGCUUUCUGGGGUUCUCCAUGGUGGGGUAGAGACAUUGAAACCACUACGCAAUCGAAGAAAUGGUGAAGACAAAUACGUUGCUCUCCCAUGUUAUGGCUUAAUUGCCAAGUUUGUUCAUCUCCUGGUCUAUAAUAGCAAAGGUAGGAUCUUUUAGCAAAAUCUUAGUAUCGGUAACAUUUUGUGUGUGAAGACUGCCAUAUCCUUUCUACCAGUUGAACUUGAGAACUUUUGAAGAGAAUAUGCACAUUAUAAUCGUGUCGUCUAUGCAAAAGGAUCGAAACUUUUGUCUUAGAAAACAAAUAUCCAAGUAUUGGCAGCUACACAAGACACAUUUUCGCUCUGAACUGAUCUAGUUGUGUUCGGUAACAAUUUCGAAUUUCAUUGCACC